AUGACAACCAAACCGACGGUACGAAAUACCGGGGAAAACUUCUACCUUGUCGCUCCCCGGGUGAAGAGAAUGGCAAGCCUGACCCGGGAUGACGAAGUCGGAAAACUUCCUGAGAUCCUAUUCAACCGAACUCCUAACCUUCUCAUCAGGCUCCUAACCAUUCCUGAGAUCCCCCCAGUGUACAUCCCUGGAUCAACUCUGGAGGACCAACACCCAACAGCGUCAUCCUCCAAUACCCCCUCCAAAACGAACCUCUCCCACCUCCCUACUGAACUCCACCUCCUCAUCGUCUCCCUCCUCACCCCCAGCAUCGAAGACAUCCUCUCCCUAGCUCUCACCUGCCGCUACUUCUGGACCAUCUGCUGGGCCCCAAUCCACACGCACUUCGCCAACCGUGCCCUGGGGCUCUGGGCGCGCGAUCAGCCGAUCAUCUGUGCGGGAGAGUUCGUUGAGGUCGAGGACUUCCCUCCAGAAUGCUUCACAAAGCAAGAGAUUGAUUCCCUGCGUGCGCGCAAGAUCAUCAUCCACCCGAGCCACAGACGUGUGCGGUUUCCGAAGUUUAUGAUGUUUCAUUUCAAGGAGGAGGAGGACUUUCAGAAGGAGAAAGUGGUUGAUUUGAGGAGGGAGAGUUUGUUUGCAAUUGCGAGUGUGGCCAGGAGGGGGAGAAAGGAGAGGGAUGGGGAGCACCACGAUAAAGAUCCGGCGUUUCGUCUGGCGCAGAAGUACCUUGUCGUCGAUGACAAGACGUACUUUGCACCCGGGGAGAAGUGGAUGUUGAGGAACUGGACGACGAAGGAGUUUGUCCGCGCUGAAGCGCUCGCGAUUGAACAGCAAGUGGACCUAGAUCGGGCUGAAUCUGAGUCUGAGCUCGAGCUCGGCUUUCAGCAUACAGCAACGCCCUCGGACACAGACUCAGAUACCCAAGUAGAGACUGAGUCCGAGACUGAGCCCGACGAACCUAAUUCAGGCACUGAUACAGAUCUGGGUUCAUGCACUCAAGCAGAGACUGAAUCCAGUGAACCAGUCAGAGUGACCGAGACAGAUAAAGAUACAGAUACCCCAACAGAAAUUGAAACGAAAGCUGAGAGCGGAACAGCAAGGAUAGACAGGUUAGACACUUAUCCAUGGAGUCUUGGGCAUGCCGUUCUCUCGCGCAUUUGCUGGACAACCUGGCCUGGUGGGGGACUGCCUACGAAACGGUUGCCUUUGCACCUGCGCAGGGGCGUGUGGGCGGGGCACAGGUUUGACAUCACGACUUGGAGGAGACAUGUGAGUGAGGCACAGAGGAAGAACACUUUUAAGGAUGAGGAUGAGAAAGGAGAAGAGGUUGAGUGGAAGGAUGUGAGUGAUGAGGUAAGAAAGGAGAUGGACGAGUUUUUGGAGAUGCUUUAUGGGGAAAAUUAA